UUAUAUGAGUUGCACACAUAAACACUAUUCAAUUCAAUUACAGAGAAAGUGAGAAAAACAGAAACAAAAGCUUCAAACAAACCAUGGAGUCGUUGGAACAACCUAAUAAACCCAACAACGCAAACACUGUCACAACAACCACAAACAAAGAAAAACCAAAACCUAAACGAUUCAUCAAAAGCCAAAUCCCAGAUUCAAUCCUCAACGACCCUCUUCUCAACGCUGCCAUAUCAAUUCUUCCAUCAAACUACAAUUUCGAAGUUCACAAAUGCGUUUGGCGCGUCCUCUCCACCGGCGCUAAGCGCGUCGCACUUCAAUUCCCUGAAGGUCUUCUCAUGUACUCCCUCAUCCUCUCCGAUAUCUUCACCAAAUUCGCCAAUGUCUCUCACUGUUACGUCCUCGGAGAUGUGACCUACGGUGCUUGUUGCAUCGACGAUUUCUCAGCUCUCGCCCUUGGUGCUGAUCUUCUUAUUCAUUACGGUCAUAGUUGUUUAGUACCUAUUGAUUCAACUACUAUUCCUUGUCUUUAUAUUUUUGUGGAUAUUAAGAUUGAUGUUGAUCAUUUUGUUGAUACUGUUAGAUUGAAUUUAGGGUUUCUCGGUAAAAGUAUAAUUCUUGCUGGGACAAUUCAGUUUGCGUCUGGGAUUCGUGCGGUGAAGCCUGAAUUGGAGAAAUUAGGGUUUAGGGUUUUGAUUCCGCAGUCGAAGCCGUUGUCUGCUGGUGAGGUUCUUGGAUGUACUGCGCCGAGGAUAGGGAAGAAGGUGUUGGAGGAUUAUGAGGAGAGUGUUUUGGUGUUUGUUUCAGAUGGGAGGUUUCAUCUUGAAGCGUUUAUGAUAGCAAAUCCGGGGCUUAAGGCUUUUAGAUAUGAUCCUUAUGUGGGGAAGUUGAUUUUGGAGGAAUAUGAUCAUGUUGGUAUGAAGGGGUCGAGGAAAAACGCGAUUUUGAAAGCGGGGGAAGCGAGGAACUGGGGUGUUGUUUUAGGGACUUUGGGAAGGCAAGGGAAUCCUAAGAUUUUGGAGAGAUUGGAAAAGAAAAUGAGUGAUAAAGGGUUUGAUUAUACUGUGGUUUUGAUGUCGGAGUUAAGCCCCACGAGGAUCGCUCUGUUUGAGGAUUCUGUGGAUGCUUGGAUUCAGAUUGCUUGUCCUAGACUCUCUAUUGAUUGGGGAGAGGCUUUUCUUAAGCCGGUUCUUACUCCUUUUGAGGCUGAGAUAGCAUUGGGAUUGAUACCUGGUUGGUGGGAGAAAACUGAGGUGCAAAAACAGGGUUGUGAAGAUGUUCCGGGUUGCAAUAAAAGCGAUUGUUGCUCUAAAGGUAGCUGCGGAGAUGCAAAGGGGACCAAUGAUUUUGGUGGAGAUUAUCCCAUGGACUAUUAUGCUCAAGAAGGAGGAGAUUGGAAUUCCUCUUAUGUGAAAAAGUCUAGUCGUCCUGCUCGGAAAAUUUCUGUAACUUCUGUUGCUAACAGUGUCAUUUCUCAAUAGUCUUAAAUUUGCCUAGUUUUUUAUUGUAAUACUUUUAUAAUUUUGCUCCAAAAGUUGAUUCAAUGGCUUAUUGUUUUGUUAUUAGCUUAGCCAUUUUUGACAUGUAGACAAUGUUGCCUAUUCUUUGUUUAUAAGAUAUUCUGCUAUAAAGGGUAAA